AUGAUGCUGCGAGGAAAUAUUUUGCAUUUAAUGCACUGUGUAUUUUUUCUAUCUUUUAUUUUUUUCUUCCUGGUUUUUGCGGGUGCUAUAAACUUGAAAGAAGAUGAAAAAGCUUAUAUUGAUCCGGUGGAUACCUACGGAUUAGUUGGUGCAAUCAUUUUAUAUGUUCUUAGACUCCUUACGCUACUUACAAUACCACAAGUUUUAUGUAAUUUUGCUGGACUUACUCUGUUCAAUGCUUUUCCGGGUAAAAUCAAAUUAAAAGGAUCGCCAUUGUUAGCACCAUUUAUAUGCAUAAGAGUAGUUACCCGAGGAGAUUUUCCAAAAUUAGUGACAAAUAAUGUCUCCAGAAAUAUGAACACUUGUUUAGAUGUUGGUUUAGAAAACUUCAUUAUAGAAGUGGUGACUGAUAAAGCAAUAAAUUUACCUACCCACAGACGGAUUAGAGAAGUAGUUAUACCUGCAGAAUAUAAGACAAAAACAGGAGCUUUGUUUAAGUCAAGAGCUUUACAAUAUUGCUUAGAGGAUAAUGUAAAUAUUUUAGGCGAUUCAGAUUGGAUUGUUCAUUUAGAUGAAGAAACAUUGCUGACUGAAAAUUCUGUAAGAGGGAUAUUAAACUUUGUUUUCGAUGGACAGCAUCCUUUUGGCCAAGGACUUAUUACUUAUGCAAAUGAAGAAGUUGUAAAUUGGCUCACCACAUUAGCCGAUAGUUUUAGAGUGGCAGAUGACAUGGGAAAACUUAGAUUUCAAUUUUACAUGUUUCAUAAACCACUAUUCAGUUGGAAAGGGUCAUAUGUAGUCACAAAGGUGAGCGCUGAAAGAUCAGUUUCAUUUGAUAAUGGAUUAGAUGGUUCUGUUGCUGAAGAUUGUUAUUUUGCAAUGAAGGCAUAUAAAGAAGGGUACACUUUCAAUUUUGUUGAAGGAGAAAUGUGGGAGAAAUCACCAUUUACCUUGUGGGACUUCAUGCAGCAGAGAAAAAGGUAUGGUCCUUUGAAAUUCAUAAUGUGUAUUGCUGGGGCAUUAGCAACAAUUCCUUUAAAUGUUGUCAUAGAAAAUAUUGCUGUGAUUUGGGGUAUUUUAGUUAAGAUUCUCCAUAAUCAUCUUCAUCCUUCAUCAAUCUCUCGUCUAGAUAUUUAUAUUUUGCAAUAUGUAUUCAAAUACUUAGAGUUCAUUAGGAGAUUGCAUGAUCAAGGCGAUGGGGAACAGUCUACGGUAUCGUUCUUGCAAGACUUGGUCGGGUCAUCCGUCUUGUUCAAAGUUUUCGGAAUGAGUGCAGUUCCGGAUGUGCUCGUGGAAGCCUGCAAUGGUGUCGAUGUAGACGAUGAUGACAAUGACGAUGAGGGGUAUGUUACAGCGGCGAUAUGA